ACCACCAACACAGCAUCCCAUCGUCUAAACUUGCAUGUUCGUUCGCUCCAAGCGCCCCACCCGACUGAGAACAGGGGAGGUGCCUGGGGAAAACAUACGAAAAAUCAACGAAGACAAAGGAAAGACGGGAAAAAUUAAAAAGGAAGACUGUUAGGAGCUGAUACUAAGGUUGGAAUCUUACCAAUCUUCCAAGUGUUGGGUUUGCUCAGAUAGCACUAAUGCAGCUUCAGAAAAACCUUUAAGCCCAAGGGACCACUCUGCCUAUUUAAUGACUGGUAGGAGAGAAAUAUUUACUAAGCCUUACCAGCUUUUAACUACUGUUCUUUGACCACUCCAAAAUGUCAAUCUCAUCUCUUCGGCAGCUGUGACUGCCCGCAUCAGCUGGCUUCAGUUAACCAGCUCCAUAAAGAUUGUCUUAUUGGCCAAAUCCUUGUAGAUCACCUUCUUCAGUAGGGGCAGUUUGAGCAUUAUCAAAGAUGAGGAGGUCAAUAAUUGAGGUAUUUCCUCCGAGGUUAAGGAAACUCUGGAGUGAAUGGCAGCUAAGAGUAGUGGUUUUGAUUAGCCUCAUCCUCCAAAUAGUACUAAUCAUUUUCGGCAAUCGUAGGAAGUACAUUGCCAGAACUUGGAUUAAGUUUGUUGUUUGGUCUGCCUAUCUAGCAGCAGACUCUGUUGCAACUAUUGCCCUUGGUGUAAUCUCAAGUAACCUGGGAGACAUCUACAAUGAUGAUGACCAAGAUAGCUCUGUAAACGCAGCUGUUGAACUAUACGCAUUUUGGGCACCAUUUCUUCUAUUCCACUUGGGUGGCCCAGACACCAUUACCGCAUACUCGUUGGAAGAUAAUGACCUGUGGUUGAGGCACUUUCUUGGACUGUUUGUGCAAGCAUUAGGCACAUUUUAUAUCUUACUCAUGGCCUGGACUAGCUCUUGUCUUUCCAUUCUAACCAUUCCGAUGUUUUUUGCUGGCCUUAUCAAGUAUGGGGAGAGGACAUGGGUUCUCCGUUCUGCAAGCAGUGACCAACUUAGAGACUCUAUGAGGGUCACACGUUCUGAUCCUAGUCUUGGGAACUCCAAUUUAAUUGAGGAAUAUAACUUGAGGGAUGCCGAGGGAUACAAUGUGAUACCCAACAGAGUAAUUGAGGUUCAGUUUCCUGUAGAUUCUGUUCUGUUUGAAGGUGAUUCCAUCUCCAAAGACAGUGAAUUACUGACAGCGUAUGGAUUGUUUCAGAUAUUCAAGUGUCUUUUUGUUGAUCUCAUACUUGGUACCCGAGAUCGGGAUACCAGCCAAACUAUUUUCAGGAGUAUAUCUUCUGAGAACGCUUUCAAACUAAUUGAAAUGGAAUGUGGAUUCAUGUAUGAUUUGCUUCAUACCAAGGCAAUGUUGGUCUAUAAUCCAUGGGGCUUUGGCCUGCGCUUUGUCAGUUUUGCUCUCACAUGUAUUGUUUUAGUUUUGUUCUCUUUGGCUGCUGAGAAGCAACAUUACUCAAAGAUUGACCUUUCAAUAACAUUCCUGCUGCUGGUUGCAGCUAUUUUUCUGGAGAUUUGUGCAACACUAAUGUCUUUUUCCUCAGAUUGGAUGAUUGUUUGGUUGAGUAUGCAUAAUAAAACAUCUGUGUUGCAAGCAAGUACUUCUCUCCAACUACUUAGAAAUCCUCGGUGGUCAAAUUCCAUGGCUCAAUACAGUUUGCUAGGCUUCACCCUCAAAGAAAAGCCCGUGGUUUGCCAUAAGAUGUUGAACCGCUUCAGCAUUGUUGAAGAGCUAGAACGGCGGAGAUACAUAACCAGAGUGGAAAUACCAAUUACUUUGAAAGAAUGGAUCUUUGACCGUCUUAAGGAGAAGCUUAAGAAAAUGCAAAAGGAAAUGGAGUCAGCUACAUAUAAUCCUGGGGCCUUGAACAUUGCUCGAGGAAACAAUGUAUUGCAAGAUUAUGGUCAUGGUGAAUUGAAAUGGAGCACUGAAGUAGAAUUUGACCAGAGCAUCUUCAUCUGGCACAUUGCUACAGAAAUAUGCUGCAACUUAGAAGACUCUAGCAAUCAAUCAAAGAUGGAGAUGAGCAAACUCAUGUCACAGUAUAUGCUUUAUCUUGUAGUCAUGAAACCUUCCAUGUUACCGGUGGGGAUAGGGCAGUUCGUCUUUGAAGACACUUGUGCGGAGGCCAUGAAAUUCUAUAGCACAAAUGGCAAAACUGAUGUGCAUGGGAAUUUGCUUGUGCAAUAUACUACUGGAACCCAAUUGCUUGGAGACAGGUAUAGAUCAAAGAAAUCUGUUCUAUCCGAUGCAUGUAGGCUUGCACGUGGUUUGACCGAUAUUUCAGAUAAGGAAGAGAAAUGGAGUAUGAUUGCUGAUGUUUGGUUGGAAAUACUAGCCUAUGUCGCAAAUCAGAGUACUGGAAGAAAGCACGCAGAGCAACUAAGAGGAGGGGGAGAGUUUAUAACUCAUGUAUGGCUUCUUCUGGCACACCUUGGCUUAACACAGCACUUCCAGAUAUCACAACCCCGUGCUGUAGCAAGGCUGAUUUUGAGAUAGGCUAGCAAGUCAAAAGCAUGCCUUCCUCCCCUUUCUCUCUUUCACUAGAGAUAAGGUGGCUUCUCUGUGUAAUGUACUAGUGAUUUUUCCUAUUGGCUUGAGAUUUUUUUUUUUUUGGAGGGUGGGAGAAGGGCUUGAGUAGUUAUCAUAACCAGCAGAUAUUUGUGUAUUCUAUAUACGAGCAUCAUGUUCUCCUACCAAACACUAUUAACCAGACCAAUGUCAUACCUUAACUGCUCCUUUUUUUGAUAA